AUCCACAUUUGUCUGGUGAUGCACUGUUCACGGUGCCAUUACUGGUAUGCCUGAAUCCUAUGCAGAAUACUUAUUUGACGCUUCAUUCGAUUUUUCUCAGACACUCAGUGCCUCUUAAUUUUCUCAACUAGAUUUUUUUUAAAUUAUUUUGCACGGCUACAUUUUGACAACCAGGGCAUUGUGCUGCGCAUGCGCCGUUACAUUGGGGUUUGGGUUCUGUUUACAGAAGGAAUGCUGUUUCAGAAGUAGCAAGCUAACUUGUGCAAUGUUAUGUCAACCGUCUUUGGAAUAAAACACAAUUAUGGACAAAGGUGAUUUUACUCAUUUCCCCUCCAUUCAUGCGUCUGGCUUGGUUUAGCUGUCAUGGAUGACAAGGCCUUGGUGGGGAAAAUUAGCGUGUCGUCCGACUCAGUGUCCACCUUGAACAGUGAGGACUUUGUGCUGGUGUCGCGGCUGGGGGACGACACCCCAGGCUCCUCCAUUAAUAACGGUAGUGAUGACGAAAAGACAGGACUGAAGAUUGUGGGAAACGGCAGUGAGCAGCAGUUGCAGAAGGAGCUGGAGGAUGUUCUGAUGGACCCGUCUGUAGCUGACCAGAUUCUGAGCAGUGGCGGUGGUGGCUGCGGAGACCAGGUGGGAGGGGGGGACCAUGUUUCCCAGCCCACCACAGCAGUACCAACCCAGUCCAUGCCCCAACCGUGCCCUGACCCCCUCAGCGACCCCCUCAACACCCUGCCAAAAGUUGAGAUGGUUCUGCCCGUCCAAUCCGCACAAGGUGCACAGGAGAGCGAGCUAAAUGAACGAUCGUACCGCGGGGAUGAGUCAUCAUCGGAGUGCAGCCCCAGUACACCCAUCCCAGACGAGGACAGUGUGGUCUUCAAUAAGCUGACCUACCUGGGCUGUGCCUCGGUCAACGCCCCCCGCAGUGAGGUGGAAGCUCUCUGCAUGAUGACCGUCCUCAGAGGGCAGUGCCAGCUACCCCUGGACGUCACCCUAUCUGUGCCCGGCGUCUCAGAGGGCACCGUCAGGUUGCUGGACCCCCAGACAAGCACAGAGAUAGCCGGUUACCCCAUCUAUAAGAUCAUGUUCUGUGUGCGUGGUCAUGACGGCACGCCUGAGACUGACUGCUUUGCCUUCACAGAGAGCCACUACAACGCAGAGAUCUUCCGUAUACAUGUCUUCCGCUGUGAGAUCCAAGAGGCGGUCAGCAGGAUACUGUACAGCUUUGCCACAGCCUUUAGGCGGUCCGCCAAGAAGACGCUCCUCUCGGGCUUGGCUCCGCCCCUGACGCCAGACAGCGACGUCUUCACCUUCACCGUCAGUCUAGAGAUCAAGGAGGAUGAUGGGAAAGGGACCUUUAGCGCUGUGGCAAAAGACAAAGACAAGAACAGCUUUAAGCUGCGUCCUGGUAUGGACAAGAAGGUCUUCAUCUACGUACAGCAGACGUCCAAUAAGGAGCUGUCUAUAGAGAGGUGCUUUGGCCUACUGCUGAGCCCAGGGAAGAACGUGAAGAACAGUGACAUGCACCUGCUAGACCUGGAGUCGAUGGGGAAGUCAUCCGAUGGAAAGUCCUACAUCAUCACAGGGAGCUGGAAUCCCAACACGCCUCAGUUCCAGGCUGUCAACGAGGAGACAGCCAAAGAUACGUUUAUCUACAUGACGACGGCGGUGGACCUGGUGAUCACUGAGGUGGAGGAGCCGGUUCGUUUCCUGCUGGAGACCAGGGUCAGAGUCUGCUCCCCCAACGAGAGGCUCUUCUGGCCAUUCAGCAAACGCAGCUACACAGAGACUUUUUACCUGAAACUCAGACAGGUGAGACAGAUGGAACGUAAGAGGAACAAGGACACCCUGUACGAGGUGCUGAGCCUGGAGAGCGAGUUAGAGAGGGAGAGGAAGAAGACGACAGCCAGCCCCAACAUCCUGCAGUCUGCCUCCCAAGGAUCCAUGGUGCCAUCCCCUGAGGAUGAUGAGGAGGAAGACAAUGACGAGCCGUUGCUGAGUGGCUCAGGAGACGUGUCAAAAGAGUGUGCUGAGAAGAUCCUGGAGACCUGGGGAGACCUGCUGUCCAAAUGGCAGCUGAACCUGUCUGUCCGUCCCAAGCAGCUCCCGGCUUUGGUGCGUAGCGGGGUCCCAGAGGCCCUCAGAGGAGAGGUGUGGCAGCUCCUGGCUGGUUGCCAUAACAACGACCACCAAGUGGAGGAGUACCGCACCCUCAUCACUAAGGAGUCUCCCCAGGACAGUGCCAUCACCAGAGACAUUAACAGGACUUUCCCAGCUCACGACUACUUCAAGGACACUGGAGGAGACGGGCAAGACUCACUCUACAAGAUCUGCAAGGCCUACUCAGUGUAUGAUGAGGAGAUUGGUUACUGCCAGGGACAGUCUUUCCUGGCCGCUGUGCUGCUGCUGCACAUGCCUGAGGAACAGGCCUUCAGUGUUCUGGUCAAGAUCAUGUUUGACUACGGACUCAGGGACCUCUUCAAGCAGAACUUUGAGGAUCUACACUGCAAGUUCUUCCAGCUGGAGAGACUCAUGCAGGAAUACAUCCCAGACCUGUAUAACCACUUCCUGAACGUGGGUCUGGAGGCUCAUAUGUACGCCUCUCAGUGGUUCCUCACGCUCUUCACAGCCAAGUUCCCCCUCUACAUGGUGUUCCACAUCAUAGACCUGCUACUCUGUGAGGGCAUCAGUGUGAUCUUCAACGUGGCUCUGGCUCUCCUGAAGACCUCAAGGGAAGACCUGCUGGCAACAGACUUUGAGGGGGCGCUCAAGUUCUUCCGGGUCCCGGUUCCCAAACGCUACCGCUCAGAGGAGAACGCUAAGAAACUGAUGGAGCUGGCCUGCAGCAUGAAGAUCAGCCAGAAGAAGCUGAAAAAGUAUGAGAAGGAAUAUGACAGCAUGAGAGAACAGCAGGAGCAGCAGGAGCCUCCCAUUGAGAGAUAUGAGAGGGAGAACCGUCGUCUCCAGGAGGCUAACAUGCGUCUGGAGCAGGAGAAUGAUGACCUGGCCCAUGAACUGGUCAGCAGCAAAAUCGCUCUGCGCAAAGACCUGGACAACGCUGAGGAGAAAGCAGACGCUCUCAACAAGGAGCUGUUGAUGACCAAACAGAAGCUGGUGGAUUCAGAGGACGAGAAGAGACGACUAGAGGAGGAGUCUGCACAGCUGAAAGAGAUGUGCAGACGGGAGCUGGGAAAAUCAGAGUCUGAGAUAAAGAACAAUGGUUCCAUCAUAGGAGAGUACAAACAGAUCUGCUCUCAGCUCAGUGAGCGUCUGGAGAAACAGCAGAUGGCCAACAAGGGAGAGGUGGAGAAGAUCCGGCUGAAGGUGGAGGGCUGUGAGAAGUGCUCUAUCCUCUUCAACAAGGAGGGUCGUCUAAAGGCAGUGAGGAAGAUGAAGGAGGGCAGCGAGGAAGAGACGGACGAGGAGAAGGAGGGUCUGAAGAACCAGCUCAGAGAGAUGGAGCUGGAACUGGCCCAGACCAAACUACAACUGGUGGAGGCAGAGUGCAAGAUACAGGACAUGGAGCACACCCUGGGUCUGGCCCUGAAUGAGGUCCAGGCAGCCAAGAAGACCUGGUUCAACAGAACCUUAACCUCCAUCAAGACCGUGACCGGAGCACAGGGGAAGGAGACAACCUAACCUGAGACCCUCCUCCUCGACCACAGACCGUUCCCUGCAGCUCCCAAACCUCGACCUGUUCCUCUCCCAGCCUCCCCCUCCUCCCCCUGGUCAGGGGUACCAGCCACUAACUUGACCGGAGUGAACCAAACCUCACCACGACAGGAGUUUUAAAUAAGGACUGAGUUCAAAGGUACCACUGCCCCAAACUAAAUGAUAUACUUAAUUAAAAAAGAAACAGAAAAGAAAAGAGUCUUCAACAUUGGUCUUUAUACUACUGAUAUUUAACAGGUAAGGAAGGGGAUGUAGAGAGUUACCUGAACUGUCCUCUCUCCGGACAUGGGAAAGACAGCGCUUUAUUUUACUGUCCUCUCUCCAGACAUGGGAAAGACAGCGCUUCAUUUUACUGUCCUCUCUCCAGACAUGGGAAAGACAGCGCUUCAUUUUACUGUCCUCUCUCCAGACAUAGGAAAGACAGCGCUUCAUUUUACUGUCCUCUCUCCAGACAUGGGAAAGACAGCGCUUCAUUUUACUGUCCUCUCUCCAGACAUGGGAAAGACAGCGCUUCAUUUUACUGUCCUCUCUCCAGACAUGGGAAAGACAGCGCUUCAUUUUACUGUCCUCUCUCCAGACAUGGGAAAGACAGCGCUUCAUUUUACUGUCCUCUCUCCAGACAUGGGAAAGACAGCGCUUCAUUUUACUGUCCUCUCUCCAGACAUGGGAAAGACAGCGCUUCAUUUUACUGUCCUCUCUCCAGAUUGGGAAAGACAGCGCUUCAUUUUACUGUCCUCUCUCCAGACAUGGGAAAGACAGCGCUUCAUUUUACUGUCCUCUCUCCAGACAUGGGAAAGACAGCGCUUCAUUUUACUGUCCUCUCUCCAGACAUGGGAAAGACAGCGCCUCAUUUUACUGUCCUCUCUCCAGACAUGGGAAAGACAGCGCUUCAUUUUACUGUCCUCUCUCCAGACAUGGGAAAGACAGCGCCUCAUUUUACUGUCCUCUCUCCAGACAUGGGAAAGACAGCGCUUCAUUUUACUGUCCUCUCUCCAGACUACUUGCACCAACAACAACUCCAACUGUAAUCUAGGUACUACCAGAGCUAAAUAACAGCCUCCUUCUUUUCAAACUGAGCGUUUCUUAUUUCUGAUCUAUGAUACCUUUCUUUUUCUAGAUAUGUGUGAUUCUGAACAUGCUUAUGAAUAAACAUGAGUGAAAACUGAGCACA